AUGGCCACAGCUUCCAAUCCACCGGGGUUUGACGAGGGGAUUCUGCGCAUGGCCCAGGCGGCGGGGUUGGACGUGUCGGACGAGGAACGAGGACAAGACUUGGCGCGACGGGUGGCUUUGAUGCGCGCAGGAUUGGCCCGGCUCUACGAGAUCGACGUGUCCGGCGCCGAAGCGCCCUCGGCCUUCAUCCCAUCGGCUGAUCGAGAACCCAAACCAGGCACCGGAAGGGCUUAA